AUGGCUCUGGAUAUCGAAGAGCAGGCGCGAGCAUCAGAGCAGAACAAGCGCCAACUGCAAGGUAGCUGGGAGGAGAUGGAUGACAACUCCAACGAUCAAGAGGUUAGCAUUGCUUCUCCACUGGUAUUGAUAUAUAGAUCUCUAAUACCGCAGAUAUACCAGGUAGGAGGGAAUUGGGGAAGUAUACCGGCAUUGGAAAGUAAUGCUGAGCCCCAUUUACCGAAGAGACUCGGCCAUCUAUCCUCAAAUCCCGAAUUCAGAUUUCCUCCAGAGUCAGACUUAAGGGGAGCUGAUAACAUGGAUCCCAUAAAGAAAUCCCCUCAACUAUUCCAGGAGAAGUUCGACAAUCGUAGUCAACCACAGACACCGUCUCCUCGAUAUACCAACAAAGCCGACCAGCAAUACUCUAAUCACCGUUAUAUAUCAGAGGCAGAAAGCUACACGGCACAUUGGGAGAAUAGUAUUCUCUAUGACAAGGAUAUAAAUACGCGGGUAUCCUCACCAGGUUUCUUCCGGCUGCGGUCAGAGUAUAGGUCACCGUACUUGGGUCCUGUUGGUUGGACAAUACCGUCCAAAUAUUAUAGUACAACUAGAAGAAGCCCACGAAGGCCUCUGGAUUCAUAUGAGGCUAGCACUGAUGAAAAUCACGUCUCUACUGUUGACCCAAGAACCGGUUCGCCCAGAGAGAGGGUUAGAAAUAGGAACACAGUAUCGGCAUACAGUUGUCGUGCUUCGAGGCCGUUCCUAAUCUACCAGGAUCCCGAAUGGGUAGUUCCACCUCAAGGAGUCACGGACGUGUAUUUCGAUAGUACUGCAAGCGACGAUAAGGAAAACAGUGCACCUGAGGAGGUGGAAGCUCCCACUGACAAUGAAGAACUUUCCAGAGAACAGAACACGGGAAUUCAAGUUGGGAGACCAGCACAGGAAAACGCCGGCGACAUUGAUGGACACGAUGAGAUGGAUAUCGACAGAGACGAAUCGAGAAUCAUCUUAACUCAACCGUCAAGGCGAGAGAUGCCACAAUAUCAACAUCGAAGAGACACAAGCUCCAUGUCAUCCUCUUCGAUUAUCUGA